ACCGUAACGAGUUCCUUUCAUCAUAAAGUAUAAACCAAACUGUUGUCAAUGUUUCUAGUUGGGUAAGAUUUGUAGUGCUAUCUUAAAAUUAAAAUAUGGAUUCAGAAGGUGGAAGUUCGCAUAAAAGACUAAAGACGGCAGAAAGAGAUUUAGAUUGUUCCAAUGCUCAAAGGGGUGUAUGGUUGGUAAAAGUUCCUAAAUAUAUAUCAUCUUUGUGGGAAAAAUCUCAACCUCUUAGUGAAGCGGGUCGACUAAAAAUAACAAGAAAUGGUGGAAAGACGGACAUCACAUUUUCUUUGUCUGAUGAGAUGUUGAAGAAUACAGAUGGGACAAUAAAGGCCGAUAUACCUAAAGAACAUCGAUUUGUAAUUUCGAACAUUGCACACCAAACAUUGGCAGUAUUUGGUCAUGAAACUGAUGACAAUAGUAGUGAUUCCAAGCCUGGCAAACUUAUGCUAGGUGGUCAUGUUCUUCAAAAAGGAGAAUGUCGUCCUUUGGCUGAUAAACGUUACAUGGAUUUAAAAAGAGAUAUGAUAUUGAAAGCUAGUCAACCUGAAAGGCAAGUGAAGCAAUUGUCAAAGGCUGUUACUAGCUUUAAACCUAUAUCUGAUCAUAAGCAUAAUAUUGAAUACGAACAAAAGAAGAAAGCUGAAGGCAGAAAGGCUCGAGAUGACAAAGAUAAAGUCAUGGAUAUGCUAUUUAAUGCUUUUGAGAAGCAUCAAUAUUACAACAUCAAGGAUUUGGAGAAGAUCACCAAGCAGCCGGUUCCUUAUCUGAAAGAGAUUUUAAAAGAGAUCUGCAACUACAAUGCCAAGAACCCUCACAAGAGCACUUGGGAAUUGAAGCCAGAAUACAGGCACUACAAGUCACAAGAAGGUGCUGAAUGAACAUCUGUACAUAUUUGCUUGUAAAUAUUGUUUUAUCUUAAAUAAGUUAUCUUAAAUAUAUUCUUUCUAAGA